CUCGGCUCCUCUCGGCUCUCCUCGGCUCCUCUCGGAUCUCCUCGGCUCCUCCUCUCGGCUCCCCCUGACUCCUCCUCUCGGCUCCUCUCCAGCCUCAGCAGGCAGACGGAAACGCUCCGCAGCGUCGCGGCUCGGUUCUCCUCUCUGUCCGCUCUCCAGGCCUCCGGACCGGCUCGCUCUCAGCCCGCAGUCCGGCGGCGGACCUUCGUCCUCCGGGACAGACAGCUGCGGCUCAGCCUGACCCUUUCCGGAUCUCCUCCUCUGCCCCUCCGCGGUGGAAAACCCCGGACGGAGGCCCGAGGUGUGCGCUCCUCCUCCCGCAGGCCCUCGGCCCGGACCCCCGCGAAAUGGACGGACUCACCGGCAGUUUGGAUGACAGCAUGUCGGCGACGAGCGUCUCGGACGUCAACGACCGCCUGUCGGCGCUGGAGCUGCGCGUCCAGCAGCAGGAAGACGAGCUGACGGUGAUGAAGGCGGCGCUGGCCGACGUGCUCCGUCGCCUCUCUGCAUCCGAGGACUCUGCAGCGAGCAAGAAGCAGCACGCAGCGAAAGGUGGCGCCGCCAUGCGUGAAGCCUACUCCAUGUCCUGCAUCUCUAACGGAGGAACGCCUGGACGGAAGAGAGACUCCGCCUCUGUCACCAGGAAGGAGACGAUGUCGUCCGCCGCCAAGAGGUAAGAACCCCUCUGGCUCCGCCUCCGCAGGUGGC